AUGGAGAGCGACACUCGUAAAGGAAGAAAGAGGGAAUCUAGUAUGGGAAAAAAGCAAGAUAGUGAAGGUAUGUUGUUGACGGAGUUGAAUACACGAAUGGCGUUUAUAGAGGGUGAUAAGGAAGGCAAAGCUAUGAAAUCUAUUGAUAAGGUAAAG